ACGGUCUUCGUCGGGAACCUGCCCUUCGCCGCCACCGAGGCGCCGCUCUGCGACCUCUUCUUCCCCGGCGGCGAGGGCGCGGAGCACGAGGAGACGGACGUGGAAGUCAAGCGCGACGUCGAGUCGGGCAAGAGCCGCGGCUUCGCUGUAGUGACGCUGCCGGACGCGGACGCCUGCCUGGCCUUCGUGGACAAGUGGGCCGACGCCGACUUCGAGGGCCGGAAGCUCGUCGUCCGCCUC